AUGAAGUUCCAAUAUGCGUUGGCCAAGGAACAGCUAGGCAGCAACUCGCGCAGUGGCGUCAAAAAACUAAUAAGUAAACACCACUGGCUUCCGGAAUACUAUUUCUCUGAUCUCUCAUUUUCUGUUGUACAGCAGUGGGACAGUAGAGCCAUUGAAAAAACUACAAUCAUAUCUUGUAUGCGGCCCGCAAACCAAGAGAUUUAUCCUUUGAGACAUUGUGAGACCCUCCGUUCGCAACCGUGCUCUCUGUUUUCAUCACUAUAUGCACGCUCUUUCCAAAGCUCCUGCACUUUGCACGUGGCGGAGCCAUCGCCCGGCUUCCAUAUGUACGGCUGCCACACCUAA